CAACAACAUUCUGAUCGUGGUGGACGGGAAAAGCAGACGCCUUGGAGAAAAAGUAGAUCUUAGUGACUUUCAUUUACUCCCAUGUCUCGAAGUCUAGGUUCUUACCGUUUGUGUAGAAAAGUUUUUGAAGGAAAACUUGGAAUAGUUAGAAGAAGCUGUUGUGUAUGUUAUGGCACACUUAAUAAACAGAAACAUUUGCUCAGGAAUGGUAGGAAUCCCUACUUUUGGAGAACUCUUCAGAUACCUUCAUCAAAUGGUCACUUAGUCCCCGUUUCAUCAUGGUGCUGUGUUAAGUUACAGACAUUGUAUGAUGGCUAUAAUGUUGCAGACUACCCCAUAGCCACACAGACUGUAUGUAAUGUACAGCAUAGUCACUUUAGCAUACCUCUAUCGAUGGGUUCUUUUCAUAUAAGAUGUUUCCAUAGCUCACCCUACAGUUUGAAAGAAGAAUCAAAAGUAGAAAAGUCGGUAAAAGUGCUGAAGGAACAGCAGGCAGCUGAGCAAGCCAAACCCGCUGGUAUAAGCCCAUCCCUCAAGGAGGACCUCCCAGACACCCCACCCCCGAAAACCAUUGGGCAAAAAAUCAUCGCUGAAGUGAAGCAUUACUACCACGGGUUCCGGCUGCUGUUCAUAGAUGUGAGGAUCUGCUGUCGUCUCUUGUUUCGGGUUCUCCGAGGGACGACCUUGACACGUAGAGAGCGUAAACAGUUGGUGCGUACUACAGCUGAUCUGUUCCGCCUGGUGCCCUUCCUUGUGUUUAUCGUCGUUCCAUUUAUGGAAUUCCUCUUGCCUGUAGCUGUCAAAUUAUUCCCUAAUAUGUUACCUAGUACGUUCAAGGAGGAAAACAAAGAGAAUGAAAAAUUCAAGAAGUCAUUAAAAGUCAAGUUGGAGAUGGCAAAGUUUCUUCAGAGCACAAUUGAAGAAAGUGCACUUCAGCGACAGAAAAAAGUCAAGGACGGGGAGAAAAGCAUGGUUGUUGAUUUUUCCUCGUUUCUUAAUAAAAUCAGAACAUCUGGUACUCAAGCAUCAACGGAGGAAAUUGUGAAGUUCUCCAAGCUGUUUGAGGAUGAGAUGACGCUAGACAACCUGUCCCGUCCCCAGCUUCAGGCCCUGUGUAAAGUGUUAGAACUCCCCACACUCGGCACAGAUACAUUCUUACAGUUCCAGCUACGUAUGAAACUACGACAACUCAAGGCCGAUGAUAAGAUGAUACAGAAGGAGGGUGUGGAUAGCCUGACGAUCUGGGAGCUGCAGUCUGCAUGCCGAGCUCGAGGAAUGCGAGCGCUGGGUGUGUCGGAGAGCCGCCUCAAGUCACAGUUGCAGCAGUGGUUAGACCUGCACCUGGUCGAGAAGAUCCCUACAUCUCUGCUGCUUCUGUCACGAGCACUCUACCUGCCCGACACUUUGUCAACAGCCGAUCAGCUCCAAGCCACGCUGUCCUCACUGCCAGAGACUACAGCUGAGGAGGCCAUGAUCAAAGUGGCUGAGAUGACGGGAGACAAGGUGGACAAUAAGGCUAAGCUGGACCUGAUCCGACUUGAGGAGGCGGCCAUUCGUAAGGAGAUGAAGGAUGCAGCAGAGGAGCAGGCUCUAGAGAAGGCUCAGAUGAAACGGGAAGAUGCUGAGGCUAUCGCGGCGAAAACGGCCAUGGAUAUGGCUGUUGAGUUGGUGGAUAAGGCUCCGAUCAUUGACCCAGAGAUUACUGAGAAGCUGAAGGAUGGGGCGGACGAGAAGAUCAGUGUGAAGGAACUGGAGGAAAUUGAGGCAGCUCUGGAAGAAAUUGCAGAACAAAAAAAACUGAACAUUGAGAAGGAGGAGCUGAAGGAACUUAAGGAAGAAAUUGAAGAAUAUAAAGAAGACGUGCAGGACCUGAAGGAGGUGAUCCUAGCCUCCGGUAAAGAGGAGAUGGAGCUCCAGGAGUCCAAGGCUGCCCAGCGAUUGGCUAAGCGAGUGGACAAGAUGAUUUUACAGCUGGAUGGUAUCAUCGGUGACCUCCAUGAGGAACGGGAGGAUUUGCAGGAGGAAAUAGAGGUCAGGGAAGUGAAGGUCAAGAGGAGCAGCGGUGAAAAGAGGGAUAAGAUCCUGGAGGAGAUAGAAACCAAAAAGCACAACAUCAUCAGUAUAAAUGACAUGGUGUUAGCCCUGAAACACUUACAGAAGUUACCCGAUGAGACAAGGCUACAGAGGAUUGUAGAGGUGUUAGACGAUGACAAAGACGGUAUUAUCCAGCUUGAUCAAGUUCUCAAGGUAAUAGAGACACUGGGUAAAGAGAACGUCAAGCUGAGUACAAACCAAGUGUCUGAAGUCAUAGAGCUGAUCAAGAAAGAGGCCAAAUUAGAGGAAGAGGAGAAGGUGAAAGAGAGGAAGGAGAAAGAGAUGACCAAACAGGACAGCCAGCAGGAGAUACAGUAACAGUCAACAGGAGAUAUAGUAACUGACAACCUGGAUACAGUAUCUGUUAGCAGGAAAUACAGUAACAGUCAGCAGGAGAUAUAGU